AUGGCGCAACUCUCGCGAUUCCAAUUAAUCAAUCAAGUGAUUGUGGCAAGUGAGAUCAUAUUUUUCAAUAUUUUCGGCCUUUUUGGAAAUGUGAAUUUGAUAUUGCUCACAUAUUUCAAGCCGCAAUUGCGCAGCAAAUCGUCAAUUCUACAAUGCAUUCAAUGCUUCAGCCAUAUCAUUUGUCUAUUGUUCGAGCUACCCAAUUCGGCCCUCUUGUUUACCGGAAUUCAAUUGCGACGUCCCGCAAUGAUGCUCAUUCUGGUCAUCGAUCUCUAUAUAAUGCUUCUAAACAUCACAAUGUAUCGAAAUGUGGAAACCAAAAAGUACAUCUCAUUUUCGCUCGUGUUCCCCAUCGCAUAUUCAACAUUCAUCGUCAUAUAUGGAUAUGUGAAGGCUGACGAUCAAUACGUCUUAUUCUGCAAUCCACCGCUGUCAAUGCAUCCCGACGUCCAAUCAGUCUGGCUAAUCUGCAAUGUUCUUAUCAACUUCAUCGUUCUCAUCCUCUUCAUUGCCCUCGUUCUGAUCUUUCGAGCCAAAGGAAGACGCGCGAAUCGAACAUCCCGCCGCCUCGCGCAACGCCUCAAACUCUCCAUCAUCAUCUUCGUGUUCAGCUGGUUCAUCGCCGAACUCGGCGGCCACGUGUUCAAGGCCAUCGGCCUUCAAGGCGAUCUACUAGCAUUCUUGCAGAGCAACAUGGUCUUUUUUGUGCUCAUCUGCUAUUCGCAAUCCUUCUAUUCGAUCGUUUGGAAAUCGUCGGAAUAUCGCAAUAUGUUCGUCGAGAUGUGGCGUUGCGCUGACAAAUUCUCCACAACCACGACAACUGUCGUCUCAACAAUCCAUUCAAAAUUGUAA